UGAGUUUUUUACUCGAUAGGAACGCGACUGCUCGACAGUAAAAUGAAUUCAUAUUUGAUCUUUGCGGUGUUGCUGAUCUCAAUGAAAAGUGCAGUUCCUGCCUCAAUCUCUACCACUAACGGACCUACAGAGGAAACCAGCACUGAAUUCAGUUCCCGCCUGUAUGUGAAGCUAAAGAAUGGAAUCAGCGAAGGUGACGUGCCUACUAACCUGGCUCGGAAAAUGCUUUUGGAUAUGCGAAAAUUCAAUCUGAUUGGCGAAAUAGUGCGGGCGAAAUUCUCUAACUCUGGGCUACUUGUUGAAAUGGGCUCGGCUUUACAGGCCAAUGAAGUGGCCUCGGCUUCGGAUCCCAGUUGUGAAACUUGUGCAUACACGAUCUCGGUGACUAAAGAAAACUUUUUCCCAGUCGAUAACGGUGUGGAAAUUUCGUACCGACAAAGCUGAAAACUAGUUCAUUCAGACAGAGCUAUAAAUAAUACUAGAAAGUUACUUUAAAGAUUUUAAACUUGUAGAAAAAUAUAUGUUUCAAUUAUUUACUCUCUCUUAUCUCAAUAAAUUAUGUGCACAUAA